AAAUAGCAGAAGUGUGAAAUUCAUAAGAGUAGUGGAGUUUCUCCUGCUUUAUUCUCCACCUGUGCAGUGCUGAUGGUGGUGUUGUGUCUCCUCAGACAUGCAGUCCUGCAGCGUCCAUCACUGUGUCCUGUUCUUACUCACACUCACACUCACCACUGUGUCUACUCUGGGUUUCACGUCUGUGAUGGUGAAGCUGAAUCAGCCUGCUGUUCUUCCCUGUAAAUGGAACUGCCCUGUUUCACUCAAAUGGACUGUGAUUGAUAAACCCGGUAGAGUUCUGGCUCAGUGUAAUCAGACUUCAUGCUGGUCUGAGGAGGGAUUUAUCAUCUCUCAUGCUCAGUACCUGAAGGGAGAUCUCUCUCUCACCGUCACGGCAGCUGACUACAGUAAUAGGGGCUUGUACACGUGUGAGUGUGGUCAUGUACGUAUCAUCAACACCGUACAUCUCAGCAUUGAGACUCUGAUGCUGUCAGUUCAGCUAAAGCCUGGGGAAGAUUUGAGACUAAAUGUACACAUUCCAGACCAAAUAGAAGUGAUUUAUAAAAGCAAAAGGUCACGUGAUCCAUAUGGUGAACAGAUCUGCAGCGUGACACUACACUCACUACAGUGUAAAGCCGAAUAUAAGCAGAGAGUAUCACUGAGCGGCACAGAGCUAAUCCUGAAGAAUGUAAAGCCAUCUGAUAGUGGAGUUUACACCGUCCGGGACGAGAAGUAUAAAGACAUUAAUCUUAUUUACACUCUCUCUAUGAAAGAAACUCUGGUUGUACAUGUGAAGCGUCAUGAGUCCGUUACGCUCCCCUGCAUGUGGAACUGUUCUGGUUUGGUCAAAUGGAUCCUCAAUGAAAAAACUGUGGCCUGGUGUAAUAAGCGAUUAUGCAAACCAAAUGAGGGAUAUAAGAUGUCUCAUGAUCAGUACCUGUUCGGAGAUUUUUCUCUCACCAUCACUGAGGCUGAUUUCAGUGAGCGGGGUUUGUACGAGUGCAAGUGUGAUGACAAAGUUGUCAAUGUAAAGGAUGUUGUCAUUGAGACUGAGAAUUUAUCAGUCCAGCUAAAUCCAGGUGAAGAUCUGCUCAUGGAUUUGCCCACACCAGAGAGAGUGGAGGUGAUUUAUAAUGACUGUGUGAUAUAUCCCAAUGAUCCAAAGAUUAAACAGCUGUGUAAAUCUGAACACACACACAGGCUAUCACACAUCCUCAAACUGGGAAAAGUGAAAGUCACUGAUAGAGGAGUUUACAUCAUCCGGGAUAAGGAGUUUAAAGAAGAACUUCUUAGGUACAGAGUGCAUAUGAAAGGAGACCAGUGGAAUUUAGGCAGCAAUCAGGUUCAUUCAUUACAGAUGUGGAUUAAGGAAGAAUAUCCUGUGCUAAUUAUUCUGUGCAGUGUACUUAUAGGAGGGGUGAUUUUUCUGAUAAACAAAAAUCGCAUGUUUUAAAAAGAACAUAUAAGUAACUAAUGAAUGAAGGUGGUGCAAAAACCACAUUACUCCUUUUGACAGGACAAAUGAUAAAUUCAUGGCGUCAAAAAAUCCCUGUGCAAUAAGGGGCCAAAUAUGCCACAAAACCUUACAAACAGCCCGUCAUAACAAAGUAUCUACUGUAGAGUACCCU